AGAAACCGUAUAUCAUACAUUUGUGACCGGUGUGGAAAAACAUUUUCACGGAAGACUAAGCUAAACCAUCAUCAACAAAUUCACACUUGUGAGAAACCAUAUUGUUGUGACCUCUGUGGGAAAAGUUUCACUUGGAAGAGUUCCUUCAAUGAGCACCGACAAAUUCAUACAGGACAGAAAUCAUAUAGCUAUGACCUCUGUGGGAAAACAUUUACUAAGAAGAAUCCCCUAAAUCGUCAACACAUUAAUACUAAAGAAAAAUCAUACAGCUGUGACGUCUGUGGAAAAACAUUUUCACAUAAGAGUAACUUAAACCGUCAUCGCUAUAUCCAUACAGGAGAGAAACCAUACAGCUGUGACCUCUGUGGAAAAUGUUUCACUUGGAAGAGUUCCUUCAAUGAGCACCGACAAAUUCAUACAGUAGAAAAAACAUACAACUGUGACCAGUGUGGAAAAACAUUUAGUCAGAAGAGUCACUUGAACCGUCAUCACUACAUUCAUACAGGAGAGAAACCAUACUGCUGCGACCUAUGUGGGAAAACAUUUAGUCAGAAGAGUCACUUAAAUGAUCAUCAGCAAAUUCACACUGGAGAGAAACCAUACUGCUGCGACCUCUGUGGGAAAACAUUUACUCAGAAGAGUCACUUAAAUGGUCAUCGGCAAAUUCACACUGGAGAGAAACCAUACAACUGUGACUUGUGUGGAAAAAGUUUCACUCGGAAGAGUCACUUAAAUGGUCAUCGGCAAAUUCACACGGGAGUUUCAUAGCCAUAUUCGUACAGUAGAAAAACCAUACAACUGUGACCUAUGAGGAAAAAACUUUACUCAUAAGAGAUCCUUCAAUGUUCAUCAACAAAUUCAUACAAGAGAAAACCCAUACAGGUGUGACCUUUGUGGGAAAACAUUUACUACGAGAAUUUGCCUAAACCAUCAUCAACAUAUUCAUACUACAAAGAAACCAUACAGCUGUGACCUCUGUGGAAAAAGUUUCACUCGGAAGAGAUACUUAAAUGAGCACCGACAAAUUCACACAGGACAGAAACCAUACAGCUGUGACCUCUGUGGAAAAAGUUUCACUCGGAAGAGUUGCUUAAAUGAGCAUUGACAAAUUCAUACAGGAGAGCUUCAGGUUGUGUUUUCACUGUAGCUGCUCCUACAAUGUGGAGUGCUCUUCCACCUUAGCUUUGUUCUAUCACUGAUCUCUCUGUCUUUACAUCCAAACUAAAGACUUGUUCAUUCACGUUGGCUUUUGGUUCCUGGAAAAGCAUAAGCAGUUUUGUUGGCGCUGAUCACUUUAUCUCUGUUUUCACUGUUUAAUGUUGGGUUUUUACAUUGAUUGCCAGGUGUAAGUAUUCAUAAUCACCUUUAAUUGGCUAAUUAUAUGUGACACACACACACACACACAAGGAUUUUGUUUCUGGUACAGAACCGAGGCAGCCAUCUGCGGCGCCAACUCACACCGAUGGCUCUAACCAUCGGAGGUAACUUGGGGGGUUUCAGCGUCUUGCUUAAGGACACUUCGACCUGUGGACUGCAGGCACUGUGAUUUUAUCCUCCAACCCUCCGGUGGAGGUGGA